AAACGGUUUGGCCUCGCAGUCGUUCAGGUUUAGGAGGCUUUUAUUUUGAUAUGCUUCGUUGUGCUUAGCAGCGGAAGCACCUUCUGUUGCUAACUUCAUACUCGUUACAGCUCAAGCAGUGCAGGUCUAGGUUGUGUGUGUUUUUUUUUUUACUGAGUCAUUUUUGCUUUAGUUUAUUUUGAGCCGCAGGUUUCUUUGCAACAAUGGUCUGUCUUCAUGUAAAACAUGGUGAUGAAAGCCAGUUUCUCUUCAAUACCACUGUUGAUAUUUCGAUUGAUGUAUUAGUCAAACAUAUUUCAACUGUUUAUUCCCUGAGACUAAAAGUCCACAGAAUAUGUGCAGAAAUGGAAGAGCUUGCAGAACAUGGAAUAGCUCUCCCUCCGAAUAUGCAAGGACUAACAGAAGAACAGAUUACUGAGUUAAAACUGAAAGAUGACUGGGCAGAAAAAUGCAUUCCAAGUGGUGGAGCAGUCUAUAUAAAGGAUGGUAUUGGUAGGCGUAAUGGUCAAGCACCUAAUGAGAAAAUGAAAGAGGUUUUAAGAAAGACAGUGGAAGAAACAAAAUCUUUAAUUUCCAAAGCUCAUAAAACUUGACUCUCAUCCCCCAAGCAUUCUUCCUGAAGAGAGAAGAAAUACUCAUUCUUAAAGUCAUCCUGUCCCUCUUUCUUCCUGGGUGAAAGCAAUUAAAACAUGAAGUUUCCCUGUCUCCGAUACUCUGUUUCAAUUUAGAGUUAAUUAAAAGCAGUGCAACUUUGAAAAAAUAAUUGUGGGAGGGGAUGACACAUCUGUUGCUCAUAAUACUAAAUCCACUCUUCUGACAUCACAGAAUAUCAAAACAAACAUGGUGUUUAAGCUUGACACUUCUAAACCAUUGUUCUAUGUGGAAGCUUCAUUCAGAGGUGUCACUUUAAAACCAAGUCCAAAGCCAUAGUGUGCAUUUACUGAUAUCACUUCAAAAUGCAGUGUGCUUGUUGUUGUAAUUUAUUAGAAAACAAAUUAAAGUUGGUAGCUAGACAAAAAUGGCAAAUGGGUAAACAACAAAAGCAAGUGAAGUAUUUAAAGGUAUAUCAAAAAUGCAGAUAUUUUUAAAUGUCUUAUAAAUGUAAAAAUCAUAUUGUCACAUCUGUGCUUUUCUAAAUGCAGAAUAAGAGAAGAGAAAAAAACAGAAAAUGAAAUGAAAUCAGUUAAAAUAAAAAAAAAAUAAAAAAAGUUGUAACUCAAAUCUGCAACCACAGUAGAUCCCCUGGACUGAGUAAACCACUGACAUACAGUAUAUGCUAACUUUCUACAAAACUGUUUAUUUCUUAAAAUGUAUAGUUUAAACUUCACUCACUUAUGAAAGACAUAAUACAUACAAUUAUGACAAUGCUAGAUAUUACAAAUGCACGACAACCAAAGGACGUUAAUAAUGUUUCUGAAAACAAGAAUACUUUGUGGAGUCCUUAACUCAGUUAAUUUCUCCUUUGCAUAUUUUAAUUUCUAAACAUUUUUUUAAUCCUCAUUACAAUUCCUUACCAAUAUUAGGAAUAGUUACGUUAAGCUAUUGUUCCAUAGUUGUACUUUGCAACAAGUCAGUUGUGUCACGUAAACCAACACUUAUUUCAGAUACGUUUCAGUUUGGUAUAACGUAAAGGCAGUUUAACUUUGAAAAAAUAAUUGUCAGAGGGGAUGAAACAUCAUUGCCCUGGAUGUUGAUAAGAGCUUUGUGUUUUGAUAAAUACAAUGAGAUGGCUUGUUUUAUCUAAAUUUGCUUUCAUUAGUCUGCUGGAUAUGGCCCUGCAUUAUUGAUUAAAGAGGUAAUUAAUAGUUAUCUGUGCUACUGACCUAACAUCACUGAGACUGACCGUUUCAUAAAAGUGUGCUUGUGGUGCUUCAACAGUUUGCAUAGUAUGCUUUUUUGAUCAACAUCAUUGCUUGUUAAAACAAAUUCAAAAUUAAAACGUAUAAAUAGUGUCAGGUCAAUGUUACCAAUCUUUCUGGAGGCUGCUACAAACAUGAGAAAGAAAUGUACACCUUUUAAAAGAUAUUGGUGGUGUUAUAGCUCCUAAAGUUUUCAGCAUGGUCGCCUGUACUUAUCCAUAUAAUGUAAGUGCCUCCAGUUGAGAAAUGCACUCACUCUUUGUGAAGUAGAUGUGUCUGUGCUUGAUUACAACACUCAUUUGUUGAUUGCAACACUUGUUGUUUAGAGCAGUCUGUAACUAGGAAACCUUGAUUCCUGACACAGUGGGAGUACUAAAUGGAAUGCAGUAAUUGCAAUUCGUAUAUUAAGGCAACAAUGGUUAUGAUUGUAAUUCAUAUAGAAAUUCAUUGUGCAAAAAUAAAUUCAAAAUCUAAUGUGUGUCAUCUCACUGAAACCUGGCUUAGUAAAUCUGACACUAUUCUUUUAGUUUAGGCAGCACCAAAUGUUUAUAAAUUCCAUCAUAAAUCAAUAAAUACUGGUUGAGAAGGCAACCUUGGGAUAAUUCUGUGUAAUGUACAGCAGACUGCUUCAGAACAUUUUGGUGAAUAUGUCUCAUUGAGGCACUUAUGUUAGGAUAUUAUAACAGACUCCAGCACAGUCGUAGGACUGGUGUAUAGACAUUGACAUGGAAACUGGCAAAAAAAUUUUUUUUUUCUUUUGUUAAAC